AUGCAUUUCGCUUCGCUCCUCCUCCUUCCCCUGCUGGUCGCAGCGGACCAGAAUCCCCUGUUUGAAAAGGCCGCGGGCUGGUUCGACAAGGCCAAGUCAUUCAUCCCCGGUGCCGCGCCUGCGGACUCGGUGCCUGAGCCUCUCAGCAACCCUCUCGAGGCGGGCGCGGCCGCCGUCGCAGACCACAAGGUCGAGAAGAUCAACGUCCGCAACUGGCAGCGCAAAUUGGCGCCCAAGCCGGACAUCGAGGAAGAAUGGAUGAUCUAUGUGACGGGCGGGAACAAGACGUGCUUUGGCCGAUGUGCGAAGGUGGAUACCGUGUGGACUGAAGCUGUGCCCUUGUUAUCCGCAUUGCCCCAACCUGCAGGCUCUCCCCCGCUCAUCCUGGGCCUCCUCGACUGCGAAAAGGACGAGGUCGUCUGCACGGCGUGGGCGGCGGGCGUGCCCAACAUCUACCACUUCCUGCUGCCCAAGCAGUCGGACCGAGGCGCAAAGAGCCCCUUGCACAUCGUCCCGCUCAACGUCUCGAGCACCACCGUCGCCGACAUCACCAGCCUGCCGCGGGCCUCCAAGUCGCGCUACCUCGACUACCCGGAGUACACGGGCCUACUGCACCCCACCGACGGCCUGAUGGCCCAGUUCGGCGUCAUCCAGCCCUUUGGCUACUUCAUGUGGGCCCUGGGCACCAUGCCCUCGUGGCUGAUGAUGCUCGGCAUCAGCUUCAUCUCCCGCCAGAUCAUGAGCCGGAGGAUGGGCGGCGGCAGAGGUAUCCCUGCUCCGGGCGACGCCCAGCAGCAGCCUGCCGCUCCUCGGGUCGCGCCCGCCUCUCCGGCGUCGCAGCCCAAGGCUGGUGGCGCUGGCAGUGCACGGAAGAGGAAGUGA